AUGAUUAUGUUUCCUCUUUUUGGGAAGAUUUCUCUGGGUGUUUUGAUAUUUGUUCUGAUAGAAGGAAACCUUCCAUCAUUAACAGUACAAACCUACUUGGUUUUUGAAGAGAUCCAAGAAACCAAGAGUGCAGUUUCUUUUCUCCUGCCCAAAGAAUCUACAGAACGUUCUCUACCUACUGAGAAGCAGCAGCUUCUGGACCACAGAGAAGCUGAAAGACCUUGGUUCCUUAGAAGGCGGCGAUCUAUUUUGUUUCCUAAUGGAGUAAAAAUCUGCCCAAAUGAAAGUGUGACAGAGGCUGUGGCAAACCAUGUGAAGUAUUUUAGAGUUCGAGUGUGUCAGGAAGCUGUCUGGGAAGCCUUCAGGACUUUUUGGGAUCGACUUCCUGGGCGUGAGGAAUAUCAUUACUGGAUGAAUUUGUGUGAGGAUGGAAUCACAAGUGUGUUUGAAAUAGGCACCAAUUUUAGUCAGUCUGUGGAACACAGAAACUUAAUCAUGAAGAAAUUAUCUUACACAAAGGAAACCAUAAGCAGCCCUGAAUCGUCAUCCUCAGUUCCUGUUGGUGAUACCUCUACAUUGGGAGGUACUGCUCUCAAUGUUCCAUAUCCAGGAGUGGAUUCCUAUGAAGGUGCCUCAGAGAGCAGCUUGGAGUCCUCAGAGGAGAGUAUUAGCAAUGAAAUUGAGAAUGUGACAGAAGAGCCCACAAAACCAGCAGCUGAACAGGUUGCGGAAUUCACUAUCCAUCUUCUGGGAAAGCAGUACAAGGAAGAACUACAGGAUCCCUCCAGCUCCUACCACCAACACCUUGCAGAAGAGUUUAUUUCAGAGAUUGAAAAUGCCUUUACUGGAUUACCAGGCUACAAGGAUAUUCAUGUUCUUGAAUUUAGGUUCCCUAAGGACAAUGGCAGUGGUUUAGACGUUCAUUAUGCAGUUACCUUCAAUGGUGAGGCCAUCAGCAAUACCACCUGGGACCUAAUCAGCCUCCACUCCAACAAGGUGGAAAACCAUGGCCUUGUGGAACUGAAUGAUAAGCCYACUGCUGUUUAUACAAUUAGUAAUUUCAGAGAUUAUAUUGCUGAGACCCUGCACCAGAAUUUUUUGCUGGGGAAUUCCUCCUUGAAUCCAGAUCCUGAUUCUCUUCAGCUUAUCAAUGUGAGAGGAGUUUUGCUUCCCCAAACUGAAGAUCUAGUUUGGGACACCCAAAGUUCAAGUCUUCAGGCAACAUCUCCAUCUAUUCUGGACAAUACCCUUCAAGCUGAAUGGCCCUCAGCAGAUGAAUCUAUCCUCAUCAAUGCUUCACCACUUGAUUUCAAUUCCGGUCCUCCCUCAGCCACUGGAAGGGAAUUCUGGUCAGAAAGUCCUUUGGGCGAUUUAGUGUCUACACCUAAAUUAGCCGUUCCCUCGAAGGCAGUCCGUGGUUCUUCCCCGGAAGUGUUAGAGGUUAAUAGCUUGACUCUUCAUUCUGUCACCCCAGCAGCACUUCACACUGGCUUGUCUGUGGCUUCUGAGGAGAGGACAUCUGGAUCCCACUUAUUAGAAGAUGGUUUAGCCAAUGUUGAAGAGUCACAAGAUAUUCUUUCUAUUGAUCCAUUUCCUUCAAGUUCAUUCACUCAACAUGUGCCAAAAGAAACAAUACCAUCCAUAGAAGACUCUGGUGUGUCCUUGACAUCCUCACCAUAUCUGACAUCUUCUGUUACUUUAGAUCUUGAUAAAGAAAUACCUUUUGGCUCGAACUCCUUGGAUUCUGAAGUCAAAGAUCAAUUAGAAGUGAGCCCUUCAUUUCCAGAUACAUCCAUGGAAAAAGAGUUCAUAUUUGAGAGUGGUUUAGGUUCAGGAUCUGGGCAAAGGGUGGAUCUGAUUACUUGGCCAUGGAGUGAGUCUUUAUUGGAGAAGAACACUGAACCACUGUCCAAGUCAUGGCUUGAAGAUGAAAAUUCACUUUUGCCAACUGAAGGUAUAGAUGAGAAACUAGUUAUGAAUGACAAAAUGGAUUCCACCUACCAAAUUACUGAGCAUUCAAAAGAUAGGCCUGAGGAUGGAUCCACAAACUUUGCAGAGGAAGAGCCCCUUGGUGGACCUACUGUGCGCAUUUUUGCAGAGUCUGCAACUCAAUCUGCAUCUCUGAAUUUUCCCAAGCACACAUCAGAGGUACCUGAUAUUGAUUAUAAUUCAGUUACAAAAGCAUCUGUAGCAAUUUCUGCUUCUACUGAUCACAUAAAUGCCUUCCUGAAAGAGAAUAUAGAGCAAACUACAGAUUUAUCUAGCCCUGAGAAGUUUGACAGCAAGAGUUCAGUGGUAAAACCAGAUAUACAGCCUGUGUGGACCGUAUUGCCAGAAUCAAAUACAAAUGGAGCAAGAACAUCUUCCCUAGAAAAAUUGUCCAGAGACACAUUGGCAAGUACAYCACAGAGUCCUGACACAUUCUGGUUGAAAGCUUCCAUGACACAGUCCGCCAAAUUUCCUCCAACCACAAGCCCCACCCUGCUGGAGGAUGAAGUAAUUAUGGGUGUACAGGACAUUUCAUUAGAACUGGACCGUGUAGGCACAGAUUACUAUCAACCUGAACUAAUCCAAGAGCAAAAUGGCAAGGUCAGUGGUUAUGUGGAAAUGUCUACAAAUAUUAACUCCACAGAGAUGGCUAUUGUGGCUCAGCCCACAAAAGGAGAUGACUUGAGUCACACCCCGACUGCUGGAGCUUUGGUGGUUUUCUUCAGCCUCCGAGUGACUAACAUGAUGUUUUCAGAGGAUCUGUUUAAUAAAAACUCUUUGGAGUAUAAAGCGCUGGAGCAAAGAUUCUUGGAAUUGCUGGUUCCCUACCUCCAGUCAAAUCUCACAGGGUUCCAGAACUUAGAAAUCCUGAACUUCAGAAAUGGCAGUAUUGUGGUGAACAGCCGAAUGAAGUUUGCCGAUUCUGUUCCUCCUAAUGUCAACAAUGCUGUGUACAUGAUUCUCGAAGACUUCUGCACCACUGCCUACCAAACCAUGAACUUGGCUAUUGAUAAAUAUUCCCUUGAUGUGGAAUCAGGUGAUGAAGCCAAUCCUUGCAAGUUUCAGGCCUGCAAUGAAUUUUCUGAGUGUCUGGUUGACCCCUGGAGUGGAGAAGCCAAGUGCAGAUGCUACCCUGGAUACAUGAGUGUGGAUGAAUUGCCUUGUCAGAGUCUCUGUGACCUACAGCCUGACUUCUGCUUGAACGACGGAAAGUGUGACGUUAUGCCCGGGCAUGGGGCCAUUUGUAGAUGCCGGGUGGGUGAGAACUGGUGGUACCGAGGUGAGCACUGUGAGGAGUUUGUGUCUGAGCCCUUGGUCAUAGGCAUCGCCAUAGCCUCUGUGAUUGGACUUCUCCUCGUCUCUUCGAUUGUCAUCUUCUUCCUUGUCAAGACUCUUCAGGCUCAGCAUGUCCCCAGAGAAGGAGAGCGGCCCUUCCGUGGCUCCAGCAGGCAGCCAGACAGCCUCUCAUCCAUUGAGAACGCUGUGAAGUGCAACCCUGUGUAUGAAAGCCGCAAGGCCAGGCGUGAUCAAUAUGAGGAACCCUAUGCUCAGCAUGCCUUCCGCAGCUCUGCUAAGGAAGCAGUGAUUGGUGGUUUGAGCAGAGAAGAAAUCAGACAGAUGUAUGAGAGCACUAACCUUUCCAAAGAGGAAAUUCAAGAGAGAAUGAGAAUUUUGGAACUGUAUGCCAAUGAUCCUGAGUUUGCAGCUUUUGUGAGAGAGCAUCAAAUGUAA